CUCCAGCUCCCCCAUCAAUGAAUCUGCCGUGUGUGCCUCAGUGCAGAGUGCCAGCCAGGAGCAGUUCCUGGAGGUGGCCCAAGGCCAAAGAUCCCCGUGCAACCUCACCUUUGGCCAGCUCGCCUGUGCCCAGGGAACUUGGCUCCAGGACCUUCAGGAUGAUUUCCUCAUCUCCUUAUAUUCCUGCCUGGCCUCUAAACCUAUCACAGCUGUGGAUCCAGAAUAUUCCAUCCUGUUCUUUUCCAAAUAUGAUGCCAGGAAGCUUUUGGCCUCCCUGUCCAUGUUCAACCAGAGGUUUUCCCAGGUGUCCCUUUCCCUGGAGUGGAGCCUGAUUUUCAUGAAUGGUCUGUGGGAGAGGAUGCUCCGAGUGCCUGGAAUUGAGACCCCCCCAGUGCUGUUCCAGUGGGUCCAUGAGGGACUGGAGCCAUUCCUGGUGCAUCCCGAGGUCUUUGGCUGUCUCCGUGCCAAGGAUGUGUCCUGUGAGGAAUUCCAGCCGGUAGUGGCUGCCCUGGAUGGAAUCUACUCCCAGCUUCCUGUGGAAGAGCAGAGGAAUCUUUACUCUGGGAUCAAGCACUUCCUCACCCAGGAUGAAUCCAGCCAGAAGUGCCACAGCCAGGCCAUUCCCACUCUGAAUUCCACCUCCUGGUUUCGGAAUUAUCUGGGAUCCUUUCUGGAGCACGCCACUGUGGAGGACCUGCAGCUUUUUGGGGAUGAAGCAACACUUCAAAAAUUUGCCAGAGAUCCUGUGAAUAUGGAGAUGGUCAGGAACCUCACCUUGCUCAGGGAGACUGCUCUGUACUACACCCUCCUCCUGACCUCUGCUCCUGCUUUUCCACUGUCCAGCCUCCCAGAUGAAUUUAUUUGUUACCUGAGCCCCAGGGCGGUGAGGAACCUGAGCAAGGAGGAGACUUUGGGAGUGGCCCAGAGGCUCGGGAAGAGCUGCCCAUGGAGCAGGGGAAUGCCUGGAGGGAGAGCUCCCUCCUCCCUGGCAUCCCAGGAACUGCAGGUCGCGUCUGCCCUGGUGAGGAAUUUGGAGGAUUUCUCUCCAGCAGUGCUGGGAGCCUUGGGCCAGGCUGCCCUGGGGCUCUCGGUGUCCAGCAUCCAGGACAGCAUCCCUGAGGAGCACCUGGAAGCAGCUCUUCCCUCCCUGGGAAGCGUCCGAGGCUGGAAUGCCGAGCAGUCCAGGGCUAUCGUCAACAAACUGCUCCUCUCUGGCUACCAGAUCCUGGAUGGACAGAGCCUGGCAGAGCUGGGGACUUUGGUGGGUGGCCUCAACAGCAGCACACUCCAGAGCCUGGCCCCAGAAGUUGUCCUGGAGGCCAUCCAGCUGCCAGGCUUCGCCCAGCUCCUGGAGCCUCUGCCCUCUGCUCUGAAAAGGACCCUGGUGGAAAAGGUUUCCUCCAGGGUUGGCCACCCCUCUGAGCUGGUUAAACUCAUUCCCAGUGCUCUGGCCAGCUACAUCCCAAAAUCCCUGCUUGUUUUUGGGGAAGAGAAGCCAAAUGUGCAGGAUCUCAACGAUAAACCUUGGACCAGAGACCAGGCUGCCAUGUUUUUCAGUGAUGUGGUGCAGGCAGAGCCUGACUUCAGCAGGCUCUCCCAGUUUGUCCUCCAGGGCUUCACCUGCGCAGCUGCCAGCGCUGUGGGAGCAGAAAGGUUCCAGGAGCUGGCCAAAGUCAUGAGGAAGAAGAAGGUCAGGCUGGGGCAGGACCAGCUGAGCUGCUUGCUGAGGAUGGUGACCCUGCAUGGGAUUCCCAAGGAUUUGGACAGUUAUCCCAAGGACCUGUUGCUGUUUUUAAGCCCCUCAGACUAUGCAGCCACAGGGAGCUGCAGGCAGUUCUUUACCAAUAUUGGGGAGGCAAACGUGGAUGUUCUGCCCAGAGAGGCUCCUCAGAGGCAGCAGCUGCUCCUGGAGGCUCUGGAGUGUCUGCAGGCUGGAACUGCAAAUCCAGGUCACUGUCAACCCCUUCCCAUCACAGGAAUAACUCUCCCAGUGCUUUGUGAGGAGCUCUGGUCACCGAUGGGCCGGGAAAACAGAGCUCAAACAUUUAAGGAAUUGCUGUUCAGGAUCUCUGGACUCAGAGCCCGGUGUGUGAGGAGCAGGGAUGUGCUGGAGGCACAUCCAGCAUUCCCAAAUCCCCCUGAUGAUCCCUUUUCCUUGCAGAAAGCUUUAAGCACCUGGCUGAGGAACUUUGCCUGGGAUUCCCCCCUGUCCAGGGAGGAGCUGGCCACCAUCAUCGCCGAGCUCCUGCCCCGCCGGCACAAGCGAGAGGAUGGUUGCCCAGCUGACAAGGAGAUAACAGAGGCAGUUCUGAACAACCAGCUGAUGCCUGUCUACUACAGCCCCGAGGAUCUGCGCGCCUGCCUCCGCAACGUCUCCCUGGAAAAUCACUUCUCCCGGGUCCUCAGCUACCCCUUCAGCAACCCACAGCUGGCUAUACUGAAGGAGUACCUGGACGAGAGAUAUCCCAAUGGUUAUCCCGAAAAUCUGCUCUCCCACCUGGGCGCUCUCCUUCCCACCAUCACCCCGGAGGAAAUUUCCACCUGGAAGAUGAGCUCAGCUGAAACCUUGGCUGCCUUCCUGAGAAAUGAGCCUCAGCCCUCGGAUUCCCUGGUAGGAGCUUCCCUUUGUUUUCCCAUCUUUGGGGCUGGAAAAUUGAACAGGUUGAAGGUAAUAAAAGCUUUUUUUCACCUUAAAUCUUCAUUUUUCUGCAGACUGGCAUCUCUGGAUCCUUCAGCCUGCUCACAGGAGACAAAGGACCUCUUGUACCAGAAAGCCAAAGAGGCUUUUGCUGACCAGCACCAUUUACCUGCUUACUAUGAGCUGAUUUUACCUUACCUGGGGGGGGCUCCUGCUGCUGAUCUCAAGGCUCUCAGCAAGAACAACGUGAACAUGAACAUCACCACCUUUGUGACUCUGAGGAGAGAUUCUCUGAUGCGUCUGACACCCCCUGAGGUGGAGGGGCUGCUGGGGGUGAACCUCCCUGAGCUGGCCCAGUGGCAGAACAGGGCUCCUGUCCGGGACUGGAUCCUGCUGCAGAAACAGUCGGAGCUGGACAAGCUCCACCUGGGGCUCACGGGGGGCACGCAGGAGGGCUACAUCAACAUCGUCACCCCCAAAUUCCCAGCAUCAUCCUCAGCCCCUCUGGGGACGGUGGCCAUGGCAUUCCAGCUCCUGCCUGCCCUGCUCCUCAGUUUCCUCAUCGUGUCCCUCUUGUCGUGACCAUCUCCUCCAGGAGGAACCGAGGGGCACCAGCUGUGCCUGCUCUGACACCCGGCGUGAGCAGUGCCCAGAGCUCCAGGCAGCUGCCAUCAGCCCAGGACUCACUUUUAGGUACUUUUGGUUUUCAAUCACUUGGGAAAAAGCCCCAUUUAUGUCUGAAGGGAAGAUUCCAGACUCUUUGGAGCAGGAUCUUUGCCUUUGGGACAGCUCAAGCCCAGCUCAGCCCCAAACCACUGAUGAACCUCUUACUGCUGGGUUUAAGGGUGAGUUCUGCAGGUUAAAGAUGGCAUUUCUCAGAGCCUGACCUCAUGACACUGCCAAGACCUCAGGGUGGGAGUGAAGUUUUCCAUCUGCUUGUAAAUAAAUCCUGGAACUGAGUAAAAAUACCAGA